CCAAGUUGGACGUCGCGACCCGAGUGAGGGCCAGGUCAACGCCGGCCCCACGAGGCGAAGCCAAGUGACCCGCGUUCGGCCAUGGCCUCGUUGCUGGGCGCUUACCCGUGGACCGAGGGACUGGAGUGUCCUGCCCUGGAAGCCGAGCUGUCGGAUGGGCUGUCGCCGCCCGCCGUCCCCCGACCUUCAGGGGACAAGGGUUCAGAGAGCCGGAUCCGGCGGCCCAUGAAUGCCUUCAUGGUGUGGGCCAAGGAUGAGAGGAAACGUCUGGCAGUGCAGAACCCGGACCUGCACAACGCGGAGCUUAGCAAGAUGCUGGGAAAGUCAUGGAAGGCGCUGACACUGUCACAGAAGAGGCCCUAUGUGGAUGAGGCAGAGCGGCUGCGCCUGCAGCACAUGCAGGAUUACCCUAACUACAAGUACCGACCCCGCAGGAAGAAACAAGGCAAGCGUCUCUGCAAGCGCGUGGACCCUGGCUUCCUCCUGAGCUCCCUCUCUCGUGACCAGAACACGCUGCCUGAGAAAAACAGCAUUGGCAGGGGGCCCCUGGGGGAGAAGGAGGACAGGGGUGAGUACGCCCCAGGUGCCACCUUGCCUGGACUGCACAGCUGCUACCGGGAAGGUGCAGCUGCUGCCCCUGGCAGUGUGGACACAUAUCCCUACGGGCUGCCCACACCCCCAGAGAUGUCGCCCCUGGAUGCGCUGGAGCCGGAGCAGACCUUCUUCUCGUCCUCAUGUCAGGAGGAGCAUGGCCACCCCCAUCACCUUCCCCAUCUACCAGGGCCCCCUUACUCACCCGAGUUCACACCUAGUCCCCUUCACUGCAGUCACCCUCUAGGUUCUUUGGCCCUUGGCCAAUCCCCAGGAGUUUCUAUGAUGUCCUCUGUUCCUGGAUGUCCCCCAUCUCCAGCCUACUACUCCCAUGCCACCUACCACCCUCUCCACCCCAACCUCCAGGCCCACCUGGGCCAGCUGUCCCCACCCCCCGAGCACCCUGGCUUUGACACCUUGGAUCAGCUAAGCCAGGUGGAACUUCUGGGGGACAUGGACCGCAAUGAGUUUGACCAGUAUUUGAACACUCCUGGUCACCCUGACUCUGCUUCAGGGGUUGGAACCCUCACUGGGCAUGCCCCUCUCUCCCAGGGGACUCCAACAGGCCCUACAGAGACCAGCCUCAUCUCCGUCCUGGCUGAUGCCACAGCCACGUAUUACAACAGCUACAGUGUGUCAUAGAGCUAGAGGAAUGGAGGCUGGCCCAGCCUUUCCACCCUCUCCUCCCUAUGAAGCACUGAGCAGAGCAGAAACUGUAGCGUUACCACUCUUUGGUGGCAGGAGGUCAGAACUGCUGUCCCAGAGUCUUCAGUCCAAAGCCAGGAUCCAGCGCCCCUUCUGUCCCUUCAAAUGUGUUGGCUUCACCCAGGAAGUACAGCCUUGGGGCUGUCUGCAGUAGGGUUUCCUAGACACUUUAUACCAUCAGUGUAGCUGGUAGGGAGAAGCCCAAUGCAAUGGAGCUCCUGCUUUUGGUGUAGCUGCUUCUGAUCUGUGGUGCUCCCAGUGAGAGGGACCCUGGGCCUGGGGUCCAUCUUUUGUUCAGUCUCUAAUGGGCAAAACCUCAUUCUGGCUUGACUGGCCCAGGCUGUUCUCUCCCAUACAGUGAGGACUGGCCUCAUAGCCAAGCCCUUGCUCUAUGGGUCUCCAAGUUACAUCCUGCUCAAGGCCAAGGAAAGUGUGACCUCAGUAAUGGGCAGCCUCACAGGGACCUCAUGUGAACCAACUGCCCAAGGACCCAGGUUUUCUGCUUUCCCAUAACCCCGUCCACAGCCACUCUAGAAUUCCAAAGGAACUCCUCCAGUUGAGAAAAGGAUUCACCUUUGGGCUGGCAAGAUGACGUGGGAUGGCUCAGUGGGUAAAAGUGCCUGCUGCCUAGCCUGAUGGCCUACGCUCUGUCCCUGGAACCGACGUGGUGGAAGAAGAGAACUGACUCCUGCAAGUUGUAUUCUCACCUCUGAACGCACGUGUGCCCCUACAUUAUAUGUGUGAUUGAACCUACAUACACACACACACACACACACACACACACACACACACACUAAAUGUAAUUUUUUUUCAAAGGAAAACAUGGUCCCUGGUUCAGGAAAUUAAUUAGUAUGUUCAGCUGCAUCACUGAAAGCAAAUUAGAUUCAAACUUGUUGUUUUGCUUUCUUUUGUCCUGAGACAGGGUUUCUCUGUGUAGCCCUGGCUGUCCUAGAACUCACUGUGUAGAUCAGGCUGACCUCAAACUCAAAGUUUAAGCCUGCUCCUGCCUCCUGAGCACUGGGAUUAAAGGCAAGGGCCACCACUGCCCAGUAUGGGAUUAUUUUUUAAAUAUAUACUUUAGAUACAUUAUUUUUGUUACAUCUCAGGAGAUUACAGUGUGGGAGAAAUGUCCUUAUGCAGGCAUGCCCCUGCUCCCACGCCCCAAGGUGGGUAGCCUGAUUUAGAGUCUUCUCAACUGUAGCGAUGUCUCACCACCUCCCUGCAGAAUGAACUAAAGAGCUAGGAACCUAAAAAGUCUGUCCACAAAGCAGCAUCUUUGGGGUGUGCUGAUUUCUCUGUAGCACACCCUUAUCUACAGAUGCAAAGGAUGACUCCCUUCCCGCUGUCUGCUGCCCCUCCGUCCAAACUGGCCCCUAAUUCAAAGGGCCCUACACUCGGAAUCCCAGACAUGAUUCCCCUGGCCAUGAAGGGAACUUGGUUCUUGUUCCUCAAGUGGAUGCAGCAGAACAAUUCACCUACCCCACUGUCCUUUGGCUGUCCCAAACAAACAUACUGUGACACCCAAAGAUGUCUCUGAGCUUUGGUCCCACCCCAGACAUUUCCAUCCCCUACAGCUCCUUUGAAGGAACAUGCCUAACGCUGAGCUAACAGGCUCUUGCCUGUCCUUGGACACGUGUGUAUUAUUGCCUCUAUGAAAUGUGUUUUUAUAUUCUGCCAUUAUGUCCACCUUAUAUUUUGUAUUGUUGACAGAUUCCCCACCCAAGAAGUCUUAUUAUAAAAUCACGUAUAAGAUAUACUUAAUCUUUAUGCUAUUGCUGUAUAUACCAUUUGGUGAUAAAUAGUGAAUUGUUGAUAUGAUUGACUGGUGCCCAGUCCCGGAUGUAUAUUAAUAAUCUCGUGAAACAGUAUCACAGACAUUAAGCUACUCUGUUCCAUUUUUUUUCAAGAAAACGUCAUAUGCAUGGAACAGUUAUGAAUAUCAAUUUGUUGAAAAUGUUUAAUUUAAAUAAAUUUUUUUGUACCUUG